AGAACCACAGUAAUAUCAACAAAAACCAAAACAGCAGCAUCAAUAGCAGUAUUGGAUGCCUAUUGCCUGCCCACGCCCACAAUGACAGCCGCUCCGCCCGCCCACGAUAAUGGCGAGCAGAACCACCAACAACAACAGCAGCAGUACGCAUUAGUGAAGCGCGCUGAAGACGAACGUGAGGAUAUAUUUAAGCGCUAUGAGCUGGGCCUGGAUCCCCAUAACGUAGUCGACUCCUGGGAGAAUCCCACAUUUGAAAUCUAUCACAUAACAGACAAAUACGGCUUCAUGCACGAUUCCCGCCUGCCAUCGUCUCGCGACUCUCAGGAGGUGCAGCGCACGAAGAUUGAACUGGAACGUGAUAAAAAAUGGGUGAAAAUGCUGAAUCACUGGCCUCCGCCACAGGAUAAGCUACACAAGCGGGUCUACAAGGGAAUACCGGAUCGAAUGCGUUGGCCGGCUUGGAAGCAAUUGCUGAAUGUGCAGCAGUCUAUGGACAACAAUGUGGGCGUGUACGCUCGCAUGUUGCAGAUGGCAAAAGAGAAUGCAACUGAGACGCGACAAAUCGACGCGGAUGUCAAUCGUCAAUUUCGUGACAAUCUGGCCUACCGGGAGAGAUAUAGCGUGAAACAAUGCUCACUGUUUAACGUGCUGAACGCCUACAGCAUUUACAACUCCGAGCUGGGCUAUUGCCAGGGCAUGGCGUGUGUGGCGGGCGUAUUGCUGCUGUACAUGCAGGAGGAGGAGGCAUUCUGGGCACUCAACACGCUGAUCACAGAUCGCAAAUACGGCAUGCACGGCCUGUUCAUUGAGGGAUUUCCAAAGCUGACGCGCUUUAUCGAGCAUCAUGAUCGCAUUCUGUCGAAGAUAAUGCGCAAGCUGCAUAAACAUUUUAUGAAACACAAUGUGGACGCCUUGCUUUAUGCCAUCAAGUGGUUCUUUGUGGUCUUUGUGGAGCGCGUACCUUUUAGCUUAAGUUUACGUGUUUGGGAUAUUUUUCUACUGGAUGGCGAUCGUGUUAUAUUAGCCAUGGCCGUUACGAUACUUUAUUUGCACAAGGACGAACUGUUACGUCUAAAAGAUAUGGAUGGCAUUAUUGAAUAUCUGCAAGUGAAGCUGCAUAAGAAUUUCGGAUACAGUGACGACGAUGCCAUUCAGGCGCUCGAGCGUGUCAUGAAGAAGUUGAAAGAUCUAAAACUCGAUGUACCCCCACCAGCGAAAGCCAAUGAGUUUCCCACACGGCCGCUCGGCGUGUUUGUGGCGGCGGAUCUCGAGAAGAAAACUGGACGCAGACGUGACUACACCGAUACGGAAAAGCAAGUCUUAACAGAUGUGAUAACAAGGCAAGAACAAAACGCAAUUGAAGUACAAUCUACGGUGUCCUAUGAGACAUCCGAGUGCGCAACUGGUGAUGCGUAUUCAAUGAAAACCUAUCAGAGUAUGACUAGUUUAGCCACCUCGCCGGCAAUUAGUAGCUAUUCGCUAUAUAGCAACGGCAAUGGCUUUGUGAUCACCGGGCCCGAAGACAGCCGCAGCCAGAGCGUUAACAAUCUCAACCACCACUGGCAGCAGUCGCAGCAACAGUCCUAUACCUAUAUGCAGCACAUCUCAGCCGAUCGUUUAUCAAACCAACGGCAUAGUUAUAGCAGCGAUAGCGACUGCCGCAAUCGACUCGAUCUGGAUAAGGCGCUGGAGGCGCUGCAAAGCCAGCAAGUGCAACUGCAGCACGAGAAUCAUCAUCAGCAGCCGCAGCACAGCAAACGAAUCCUGGUCGAGAAUGGAGCUAAUAAGCUGACGCAGGAGAACUUAGCCAAAUCAGUCAAGCAUCUUAAUGCGAAAUGCUAUGAUGUCGUUAUUGUUAAUGAUGUUAAUGUUGAUGUUGAUGAUGAUGAUGAUGCGCUGAGCGUGGAGAAUACGCGACUGUAGUCUUUUCAUUUCAUCAAUCUAUAAUCGUUUAUGUGUCGUAGCUUUUAAGUUGAAUUUUGUACUUGAAUUUAUUAACCUUAUUCGAUUGAUUUGCCGUUGCUCAAAUUGAAUGCCAAUUAGUUACAAAUUUACAUUAAUUAGCAAUUAGAUUUAAUUUCUUUGGCUAUCGAAAAUUGUUGCCUAGCAAACAAAUUUGUUAAACGUAAAUAUUUGUUGUUGUCUAAUGUCAACGUUUUAUAUUUAGCGUAUAUUUCUCAAACACACACGCAACUGAUAUUAUCCUUACAUAUAUAUAUUGAAAUCAGUCAUAUAUAUAUUUAUUCCAAAAACAAAAAGAAACAAUAACUGAUAAUUCCUAAGAUACCAACGAUUCCAGCAAUACGUACAACGGUUUCAAUGCACAACCUAACUAAAAACACUUAACCUAAACUAUUAACUACUCUAUACACGUAUUUAUUAAUGCCAACAAUUCUGAUAUAUACCCUAUAUACAUAAA